AUGAUCCUGGAUCUGUUCAGCGACUUCCGCGACGGCUCCAAACUGCUGGACCUGCUGGAGGUGAUGAGCGGUCAGCGCAUCAGUCGGGAGAGAGGAAGAGGAAUGUUUCAGCACAGGAGCAACAUCGAGAAAGCCCUCUCCUUCCUGAAGAAGAAAUCGAUCAAACUAGUCAACAUAAACAUUCCUGACAUCAUCGAUGGAAGGCCGUCCAUCAUCCUGGGCCUCAUCUGGACCAUCAUUCUGCAGUACCACAUCGAGGAGCUGGCCAGCAGCCUUUCCUUCGACUCGCGUCAGGGCUCCAUGGAGUCGCUGGCCAGUCUGGACUCGCGCUCCACGCUGUCGAGCCGCUCGGCCAGCAGCAGCCCGCUGCCCCCCCGAGCCUCGCCGCUGCACAACCGCUUCCGGGUCUCUGCCAAGAAGGCUCUGAUGCUCUGGGUCCGGGAGCAGUGUCACCGAGCCGGCUGCUCACUCAACGUGAAGGACUUCAAGUCCAGCUGGCGGAGCGGGGUGGUGUUCCUGGCCAUCCUCUACGCCCUGCGGCCCGACCUGGUGGAUCUGUCCCGAGCCAGGACCCGAAGCAACAGGCAGAACCUGGAGGAGGCGUUCCGCAUCGCAGAGAGGGAGCUGAGGAUCCCCCGACUGCUGGAGCCCGAUGAUGUGGACGUUCGAGACCCGGACGAGAAGUCCAUCAUGACCUACGUGGCCCAGUUCCUGCAGUACUCCAGGGAGCUGCCGCCGGCCGAGGACGAGACGCAGACACAAUAUCUGAUCACUCCUCCUAAAGUUCCUUCUCCCAUCAACCUGCCUGUUCACUACACUCCUGCUAUUUCUGCGUCUCCUCUGCGACAGGCGACUCCUGAUCGCAAGGCCCAGGAAGUGACGCUCUGGUUGGUUCAGGCCUACGACGAGCUGCUGGAGGGGUGGGACUCCACCGAGGGCGAGAGCUACUCAGAGAGAUACCACGUGUUUCAGACGUUUCUGGUGUCGUUCAAUGAGCAGCGCCGACCCAUCAUGCCUCUGCUGACGGCCAUGAGACGCACCCCGAAGCUGAGUGAUGAGCAGAGGAACCUGAGAGAGGCCUGGGACACCCUCACUGAGAAGCUUCGUGAAUAUAGAAUCGAGCUGGACAUGGGUCUCCCCCCCCCACUGGACGCGGUGGCCCGCUGGCUGCUGAAGGCCGAGGGGGCUCUGGCCGAGGAGCAGGGCGACCCUCAGGACCACGGCCGAGCUGCCGACGAAGCCCGAGAGAAACAGGAGCUGCUCAAAGUUUGUCUGGAGGAGAUGCCGCAGCAGCUGAAGACCUUCCAGUCCUUCCAGAACCUGGACGAGUACGGAAACAUGAUGGUUCCUGCAGACAAGAUCGACGAGCUGAAGAGGAGGUUCACCGGUGUGAGAGUGACCGCUAAGUACCACGGCAUCAAGCUGGAGUACCGGGAGCACCGCCACACCGUUCUGGAUCUGUUGGGUCGGAUCAGGACCAAGCUCCUUGUCUGGAAGAGACCUUUCAUUUCUCCAGAGGCCGUCCGGGUGCUGCUGCAGGAAUGGCAUGAGCUGAUCAACAGACAGGAGCUAAGUUCUCUGUUGGAAGCAGCUCUUCAUAAGCUGAAGCAGAUUUCUGAGAAAUAUUCAAGCAAAUCUGCUCUCGCUGCAGAUUAUACCCACGUCAGUCAGCAGGUGAAGCAGCUGGAGGAGGACACCGCCCUGGUUCUGGAGGAGGUGACCACAGUGAAGAGCACCAUGGGCCGGGUCCUGUCCGCCUGGGACUCGUACAGCGACAGCCUCAGCUCCCUGCAGGCCUGGCUUCAGCAGAGCUCUGCAGCACUGAGCCCGGGCCACAGACCAGCGGUGUCGUCUGAAACUCUGGCCGAGUGGGGCUCCCGACAGGCCCACUUGAACGAGGUGGGCAACUUCCUGGUCGAGUCCACAGACCCUCAGACCAGCAGGAGUCUGGUGGAGGAGCUGCGCCGGCUCAACAUGAACUGGGCCCAGUUCGUCAAGGAAAACACUUUUGACAACGUGUCUGAGCCCAGCGCCGACGUCCAGACCAGAUCCCAGGACCCGCAGGCUCUGAUCAGAGAAGCCACUCUGGUUCUCAAAGAGCCUCUGGAGGCGAUGGCCGGCCCUUUGCGCACCUACAGAAAAAGAAUACAGUUCAUCAUAAGGAGGCUCAAAGAAGUGGAUCUGGAGGUUCUUGCUCCCUCCCCAGAAUGUUCAGCAGAUCAGAUCCAGAAGUUGAAGUUUGCUUUACCUGACGUGAUCCAGACCCUGUUUGAGGUGGAUCAGGUGUGUGUGGAGCUGCAGCACAGUGUGUCGGGUCUGGACAGUCGACUGGCUGAGCUCCUGCACUGGGAGACGGAGGCCAGGGAGCUUUACCAGCUGCUGAGGGCCGCACAGCGACAGCAGCGGGGCCAGGACCCAAGAGCCAGGGCCCUGAUUUCCCGUGGUCUGCAGCUGGAGGGGCAGGUGGUGACGGAGGAACAGGACCUGCAGGUGGUGGUGAUGACCAAUCAGAAGAGCUCUCCCAUCCGGUACCUCCAUGCCUCCGCUAUGCAGGACAGAGUGCGGGCGGCGGUUGCUCAGUCUCAGGCCAGUGGACUUUUUGAGGCUGUUGGCAUGCUGAGCAGCCUGGGAGCCAGAAGAGACCGAAGCAGCAGCCCCCCAGAAGGAAUUCCUCCAUCAAAAGUCUUCAUCCAGGCUAAAGAUAAGCCUCGACAUCUGAGACAGCCGGACACCAGACAACCAUCCCAGCAGCCAGAGACAAACGUAGUUCCUCGUCAGUCUCACGAAACCUUUAUUCCAAAGAUAGUGGUGCAGGAAUACAAAGAGGUAAAGACGCCUUCUCCUCCAAUGCCAUACACAUAUGCACAAGCUUUGAUGCAGACCAGGACAAAGUCGCCGCCAGAGGGCCGGGCUGAAGCGUGGUCGACAACUGUUCUGCCGAAACAACAGCAGUCUCAGGAACAACGGUUCAUGACGCAGCAGCAGCAGCAAGAGGAAGAGCUUAACAGACAAAAGGAAAAAGAAAUUCAACAGCAAGAACUCAAGCAGCAGCAAACAGUGGAACAGCAGGAGCUGAGGCCAACACAACAAAAGCAAAAAAAAAAGCAACAGCAACCGAUAGAAAAACAUCAAUAUCAAGUUCAGCAGCAGGUGGUAACUUGUGUACAGGUCGAAACACAAGUCAAACAGCCACGUGUACAGAAGGCCCCUAUAAGCUCCUCUGAGGUUAAAAGCAGGAAGACUCAGGCCAUGAAGAACCGGCCCUGGCUACAGAAACCAGUCUCAGGGGAGACUGGUCAGGACUCUGGUCAGGACCAAACUGAAGGUUCACAGCCUAAGUCAGAAAAACAAAUGCCAUCAGUAGAAAUUGUUCCUCAGCAAACAGGAGUUCCCAAGUCUCAACCUGAGGCAAAUGCAAAGGCUUCUAAUCAAUCUCAGCAACAGCAGAAAGAGAAAGCACCACAAACUCAGAUAAUGUUUCAGCAGCAGCCAGAACAACGUCAAGAUCAGCAACAACAGGAACCACUUAAACAACCACAACAACCACAGCCUACCUUAAAACAGACACAACCAGAUUUCGAUGCCAAGGCUAAAUCCGAGACUGUAGCUGUGGCUCAACCUCUCCCACAAUCUAAGGUAAAACCCCAAACUAUGUUUCAGGCUACAUCUCAGACAGUAGUCCAACUACAGUCAACAAGUGUGUCCCAAACUACUACAGACUACCAGCACCCACCGGAGACCAUGUCUCAAACCAGAAUGAGCCAAGUUCAGUCACAGACACAAGUCAUUCCACCGCCCCAAGGCCCUGUGAAGACACAGUCAUUGAUCCAGCCACAGACGCAGACACCGACACAGCUUCAGUCCCAGGCUCUGUCCCAAACAUGCAUCCCAGCUGAACCUCAGUUUGGUAUCCUUGGUCCACCUGUAGCUCAAGUGCAAACAUGGGCUCAAGUCAGAUCGGUUUCCCCUGUGCAGGCUCCAGUACAGGGCAAAAUGCAGCCUCCUGUGCCCUUCCAGUUUCAACUUCAUAGUCAUCCACAGUUUUGGGCCCCUGUCAGGCCCCCCUCCCCUAGAUCACCUUCACAGGUCCAGCCUCAAAUGCACACUCAAGCAAUUGGUGAUGCUCAAAUCCAUGCCCAGUCAACAGCCUAUCCUCAAGCCUAUCCACAGACCAUGGCUCAUCCUCAUGCCCAUCCUCAGUCCAUGGCCCAUCCUCAGUCAAUGGGGGCCCAUCCUCAAACUCAUCCUCAGCCAAAGGCCCAUCCUCAAGCCCAUCCUCAGUCCAUGGCCCAUCCUCAAACUCAACCUCAAUCCAUGGCCCAUUCUCAGUCAAUGGGGGCCCAUCCUCAAACUCAUCCUCAGCCAAAGACCCAUCCUCAAGCCCAUCCUCAGUCCAUGGCCCAUCCUCAAGCCCAUCCUCAGUCCAUGGCCCAUCCUCAAGCCCAUCCUCAGUCCAUGGCCCAUCCUCAAACCCAUCCUCAGUCCAUGGCUCAUCCUCAAGCCCAUCCUCAGUCCAUGGCCCAUCCUCAAACUCAACCUCAAUCCAUGGCCCAUCCGCAGUCAAUGGGGGCCCAUCCUCAAACUCAUCCUCAGCCAAAGACCCAUCCUCAAGCCCAUCCUCAGUCCAUGGCCCAUCCUCAAGCCCAUCCUCAGUCCAUGGCCCAUCCUCAAGCCCAUCCACAGUCAAUGGCCCAUCCUCAAACCCAUCCUCAGUCUAAGGCCCAUCCUCAAACCCAUGGCCAGGGUAAAACCCAUAUUCAGUCGAUGGUCUGGCAAAGUCAGGCUGAAUCUUUGACUCAACAUCAAACCCAGGCUCAACAUGUUGUCCAGCCUCAGGUUCAUUCUCAGUAUUCUGCUCAACCACCAGCCCAGCUGCCAGGACAAAUCCUGCAGGGCCAGCAUCAGGCUUGGACUCAAGUCAGAGCCUCAUCUCCUAUAUCUGUCCAGCAUCCUCAGGCUCAGCCUCAGCUGUUUCCACAGGGUUACCCCCAGGCACGAUCUCCAUCCCAGCAGUGGACACACAAACACGAACUACAAAAUCAAGCCUUUAACCAGCAGAGACAUCCCAUUCCUCAACCAUACGUUCAGCAAAUAGAUCAAGCUUCACAGGCUCAGGCCUAUUCAACAGUUCAGGUUCCACCACAGUGGAUCCAAACUGGGCCCCAGCAAGGACCUCAGAUAAGGACCCCUGGGUAUUCUCACAUGGGGCAAUCAUAUACUCAUCCAGAAAGACAGCCACAAACACAACACCAAGCCUUGGCUCAAACACAACCCCAGAUGAGGCCCCAAAGUCCUAUGCAGCAACAGAUGAGAGCUUAUAAUAUUGCUCAGACACAAGGUCAAGUACAGCCGCAAAUUUGUGUUCGCCAGCGCCAGCCUCAUCCACAGUCUCCCUCUCAGCAAUGUUCACAGGUGCAGCAUCAGCCUGAAUCUCAGCAUCAUCCUCAGACGCAAAUUCAAAUACCUCAACAAUCACAAGCACAGCCAACCCAUCCUCAGUUUCCUUCACAGCCCCAGGUCCAGACAAAGCUGCAGGCUUCAUCCCAAACACUCAUUCACACACAGCCACCGGUACAAGCAGAUCCCCAAGCUCAGACUCAGCAGCCUCAGCUCAAUGUUCAGUUCCAGGAGCCUCCUCCACAACCUAAACAUCAGACCCAGCUCCAGCCACAGCUGAAAAUUCAGUCAGCAGCUCAACCAAAAGGUGAAAUGCCUUCACAACCGAAGCCUCAUGACCAGUUAGCCCCACAACCAGAGGCUCAAUCCACAACUCAAACUAAGACUGGAUCACUGCCUCAAUCUGUACCUGAGCCCCAGUUGUCACCACAACCCAGAGUUCAGUUACCAACCACACCCAAGGAUGGAUCCCCUCCACAGUCCAAGUCACAGGCCCAUACAGCACCACAACCUGAGGCUCAAAUACCUACUCAACCGAAGGUUCAAUCACAAAGCCAACCUAGGACUGCAUCAAAGCCACAACAUGUACCUGAGCCCCAGUGGCCAGUACAGCCCACAGUACAGCUACCAACCACACCAGAGGAUGGUUCCCCUCCACGGUCCAAGUCCCAGGCCCAUACAGCACCACAACCUGAAACUCAAUCACCAUCUCAAACAAAGGUUCAGUCACCAGCCCAACUCACGUCCAAGUCUAUGCCACAGCCUAAACCUCAGGCACAGCCGCCACCACAGCCCCAACUUCAGGCUCAGUCACCAGCGUUACCCAAGGCCCAACCUAGCUCACAUCCCAAGGUUCAAUCCCCCCCACAGGCCAGACCUCAGAUCCAACCACUUCCUCCACAGCCCAAAACACAACAGUCCCAAACCAUUGUGCUCUCUCAGGUCAAUGUGCUUCCUCAGUCCCAGGCUGAGUCACCUGACCUCAUCAAACCCCCGGCGCUGGCUCAGGCCCCCCCACAGGCUUACACAGAGGCUUACGCCAAGGCCCAGGCGUUGGCCAGAAACGGCUUUGAGGAGGCGAAGCACUGCCUGCAGGAGCACAUCCUGGAAGCCAUCAACGUCUUCAGAGACAAACGCAUAUCAGCCGAACAGGUGUCAGUGAAAGAGGAGACCCUGAGGACCUUGGACCCAGAGUUGCUGGAGGAGUUCCUGAGAGCAGCCAAGGGUAUGGAGGCCUUUUGUACCCCCCCACAGCUCAGAGACAUGGAGUUCUUCACCCAGUCCGUCAGAUCUCAGUGGGAGGCCGUGAGAGCUGAGAUCUCAGGCUUUUUGCCUCAAAUACAGUUUGAAGUAAGAAGGAGAGACUUUAACUCAGCUGCUGGUCAGUGUGAGAUGCACUUAAGCUCCCGAUUAGACAAAGAAAUCCAGGCUUGUUUUGCAGCGGAUGGCAGCUUUGCCCAGGCGGGGCAGCACCUCCAGGCCCUGAAGGAGCUGUGCGACACCCUGAGCCCGGAGGACGCUCACCGCCUCGCCCAGACGCAGCUGAGGGAGUGUGAGAAGAGGCUGGCGGCCAUCCAGCACCAGUUCAGCGGAGAACAAGACGCUCCACUCCCUGAUCCCAGGAUCCCUGUUGCCUUCAGUGAAGAUGUGACCACACAAGAGGAGCACGAGAUACCUCAAGUCUCAGCUGAGGUUUCCCAGGUGACAGUGAAGACAGUCAGUGUGGAGAGGAGGGAGGUUGAGAAGCAGACGUCAGUGGAGGAGGACGUCAGCAGGAAGGAGGCGUUAGAGAGAUAUGAGAAUUGUAAGAGGACCCUACAAGCCCAGCUUUCUAAAAACGAGCAGAUCCUCAAGGACAUCCCCUCGGACUCCGUCUCUCUGAAGGGCUUACACACCCGUCUGCAGGAAAUACAGUUUUUGAGGCAGGAGACGGAGUCCCUGUGGUCCGAGUAUGGAAACCUGUGCUCCCAGCGUUCCCAGUUGGGUGGAAACACUGGUGUGGAUCAGGAGAAGACGGAGCUGCAGGAGCAGUGGCGCACGCAACAGUGUAACCUCCAGAGGAGAGGCAGCUCGCUGGGCGCUGCCCUCAGGCAGGUUGACUCCACCGAGAACCACAUGGUGGACUUCACCGACCGACUGGACCGGUACCUGAGGCAGCCCAAAGACAUCAGCGCCUUCACACUGGCCAACACCAACAUCCUGAAAGAUAUCAAGGAACUAGACGAGAACAUCCAGAGUGAGCUGGACCAGCUGUCCCGUCUGGAUCCCGAGUCCAGCGAUCUGGACCCCAGGGACUGUUUCCCUCUGUCCCGCGAGGUCGAGACCCACAGAACCAGCCUUGAUCAGCUCAGACAGCAGGUCCGCAAGAGUGAGGCCUCCGCCCGCGCCCUCGACCGAUUCCUCAUGUCACUACGCACUGUGGAUGAAGACAUCUCGGGAGUCCAAGGCGCCCCCUGCAGUGAUGCAACGAUACUGCAGGACGCUCGAUCCAAGCUGGCUCUGAUCAGGCAGAGCAUCGACAGUCUGAUAGAAAAGGCGCCUCAGCUGGAUCUGCUGCUGCAGGGAGCCAGGCUGACGGUCACCAGGGAUGGUGUCCCGGCCUCCUGCCUGGACAUGGUGACGGCUCUGCUGAGGCGGCUGGAGGAGGCCGACAGUGGGCUGGCAGUUCAGCAGCAGGGGCUCGUCAAGGAGACCCAGAGUAAGUCCCUGGGCCUGAGGAAGAGGGCGCUGCUCGCAGAGCUGAGGAAGCUGCAGGAUGUGAUUGAAACACAAGGCCUGAAGGAGCCCAACAUACCUGCAGUGCACCACAGGCUCCGUGCCCUGUCGGAUCUGGAGGUCCAGCUGCAGGCCCAGCAUGCCGAGCUCCAGAACCUCCGUGAACUUCAGGAGAAACAGGGAGGAGGAGAACACCUCAUGCAGGAGGUGGACACGCAGUGGAAGGAGACUCACAAAGGUUUUUCUGACAGGAAGAAGCGUUACGCCGUCCUGCUGGAGAAUCUGAAGAAGUUUCAGAGCAGCCGCAGUCACCUGAGCAACACCCUGCAGAGAGUGGAGCAGACCAUCGGGGAUCAGGCCUCCUACAUGGGCAAAGACAACCUGCACAGAAGUAUCACCAAGUUCAGUGACAUUAAGGAGGAGCUGACUGGUCUCAGGGAGCCUAUGGAGGAGAUGAGAGGAGUUUGCAAACAGCUGCAGUCUCAACUGAAGACGAUCCCAGACUGCAGCGAGUCUGCGUUCGAAGCCGAGGCCGACACUCUGAUGGACAACUGGCUGGACGUGACAGAGAAGACGGACGCGUGCAUGGACAACCUCAAAGUGGGACUGGAGCUGUGGGAGAAGCAGCUGAUGCUGGGCGGGGAGGUGGACAACUGGGCAGGAGCCAAGCUCGCCCUGUUUGCAGCGAGCCAUCCCUUCUACAACGAGAAAGACGUUCUUGCCAUGAGGGAGGAGAUCCAUGCAAAUGAGGAGAACAUUGAACAUUUCCACAAGAAGUCAGUGGAGAUCCAGGAGAUGCUGCAGAGUCAGGAGGCUCCGCUGGAACUACAGGUGAUGGAAACCCAGCUGAGGAAGAGGAUGGAGCAGGUGAAGGAGCUGUUCACAGACUGCACAGACGUGUUUGAGGAGCUGAUAGCUGUGAAGAAACACCUCGCUGAGAAGAUCGACGAGUGUCAGUCAACUGUUCAGAACAUCCAGUGUUCUCUGAGUAAGAUCGAUGCUUCAGGACCGAACGUCGAGGUCCAGAUACAGGAUCUGGUUUCUGAUCUGGAGACUCAGGAGCAACAGGCAGAGGCUGUGAUGAAGGAGGUGGGUUUGGUUUCCAGUGUGGCCAGUCCCCAGGUAAUGGAAGCCCUGUCUGUGGACUGCAGCCGACUGACAGAAGCCAUCUCCCGCACCAAGGACAUGAUUCACCUGAAGAGAGAGGAACGGGACAAGGGCCUGCUCAAAGUGCUCAAAGAUGAGAGGCAGUCCUUCGAGGAAUGGUUCCAGGAUUUACAGCUUUGUGUCAACGAGUGCUUCGAAAACCCUGAGAGCAAAACAGAUGUGGAGACGUCUCUGCAAAGACUCACCGCUUUCUUAAAAUCCAAGGAUGCAGAGCGACGUCUGGAUCAGAUGAAAGUUCAGCUGGAGAAAGGCAGAGAGCAGAUUCCUCCCCAGCAGCUCUCUGAGCUCAGCGGCUGGAUGAAGGAGCAGCAGGAGGAGGUGGGAACGUUCAGAACCCACUGCCACAACAGGCAGCAGCAGAUGGAGUCACUGCUCAGUGACCUGAACAGUUUACAGAAGCAGCAUGACAGCUUCCGCGAGUGGCUGCAGACCAAAGAGAAACAAUCUGUGGCGUCGGACAAACACAAACGUCUCCUCAAAGAGCUUCAGGAUGAGAGUGGUAGAGCGGAGACCCUCAGUGAGCUGUUGGCAUCAGUGCGCAGACAAGGCGUCAGAGCUGAGACCCUCCUGAAAGACGGUGAUAACCUGAUUCAACGCUACAGAAACCUGGAGGCUCGGCUGCAGAAGGAGACCAAGGCCCAGAGCGACCUGGAGGGGGAGUGCAACAGGUUCGAUACCCAGGCUGAGAGCACCAGGAUCUGGAUCAGAGACCUUCUGCAACCCCUCAGCUCCACCGGCAGAGACGUCCAGACGGAGGAGACAAAGUGCAAAGCACAGACGAUCCUGAGCUCCAAACCCGAGGGAGACUCUAAGAUGACCAACCUGAGAAGACAAAGCCAGAGUCUGUGUGAGCAGGAGAAGCUGGACGAGACCAGGAGACAACAGGUCCUCCAGUCGGUCAGAGAAGCAGAGGAGCAGUGGACGGCCGCCCUGCACACGGCAGAGGAGGCUCUCAACAAGGUGGAGGCACAAGCUCUGUUGGACAAAGACAUGAGAGCUUUCAAAACCCAGAGUGAAAACGUCCAGUCCUGGAUAAGAGACCAGGAACAGAACCUGCAGUCUGUCGGCGGACACAUGCCAGUCGAGGAAAAGCUCCAGAUCGCACAAGCGACUCUCAACUCCAAACCAGAGGGAGAGUCAAAGCUCCAGGAUCUGAAGCAGCAGGGUCAGAGACUGUGUGACAAGCAGGCGAUGGACGACAGCAGGAGACGAGAGGUUCAGGACGCAGUCAGUCACAGGGAGGAGCAGUGGAGGAACGUGAUGGAGGCUGCAGAGGAGGCUCUCCACAAGGCGGAGGCCGACGCUGCGUCCGACAGAGAGUUUGAUUCUUUCAAAACCCAAAGUGAACAGACCCAGACCUGGAUGAAGGAGCAGAAGCAGAAGCUGUUGUCCCUCGGUGGACACAUGCAGUGUGAGCAGAGGUUACAGGUUUCACAGGCCGCUUUGAGCGCCUCGCCCGAGGGGGAGUCGAAGGUGCUGGAGCUGAAGAGAGGAGGCGAGAGUCUGAGCGCCGGCCUGGAGCCGAGCAGGAGGUCCGAGGUGCAGCAGCUGGUGGAGAACGCGGAGCAGCAGUGGAGGAUGGUGCUGCAGGCUGCAGGACAGGCCGAGCUCAGAGGUCUCUCAGACGACUUCGACACGCAGAGUAAAGACACUCAGUCGUGGAUCAGGGACAGACAACAGAAGUUACAGUCUGUGGGUUGUCUCUCACCACCGGAGGAGAGAUGUCUCACUGCUCAGAGCGUCCUGGGCUCCAGACCCGAAGGCGACUGUCAGGUGAACAACCUGCGGCGGCGAGGCCAGAGCCUGUGUGACCACCCCGACGCAGACGAGGGCCGGAGGCUGCACGUCCAGCAGACGGUCCGGGACACGGAGGAGCAGUGGAGGGCGCUGCUGCAGGCGGCCAAUCGGAUCAAGGAUGACGCAGACGCUCAGAUCACAAAGGAGACGGGGAGGAGGAGCCUGGAGUUGAGAGAGUUCGAUUCCCACCAGCAGGACACCAGGCGCUGGCUCGCAGACUUCCAACAGCGAGUGACCUCACUGAGCAGCAGGACCAAGGCCGAGGACAAGCUGCUCACAGCACAGGACAUUUUGCUCUCCAAACCUGAAGGAGACUCCAAACUCCAGGAGCUGAAGAGACGAGGCCUGAGUCUGAGUGGACAGGACCUCGAGGAGCAGAAGAAGCAGGAGGUUGAGAGCAGAGUGAGAGAUGCUGAGGAUCAGUGGACCAGAGUCCUGCAGGAGGCCAAACAGGCUCUGGAUCAGGCUGAGAAGCAGUGUGCUCUGGAGGGCCGGCGGAGGGAGUACGAGACCCUGAGAGAGAGCACCAGAGCCUGGCUGCAGGACAAGCAGCAGAGCCUGGUGUCUCUGGAUGCUCAGAUGGAUCCAGAGCAGAAGAUCAUGACGGCACAGACCAUCCUGAGCUCCAGGCCCGAGGGCGACUCCAAGCUGACCGAGCUGAGGAGACGCAGCCAGAGUCUGUCUGACCAGGAGGACCUGGAGGAGGACACGAGACAUGAGGCCGAGCAGACGGUGAAAGACUCGGAGGAGCAAUGGAAGACGGUUCUUCAAACAGCCGAGAACACUCUGAAGGAAGCCGAGGUCCAGUACUCGCUCUCCAGGGAAAUGGAGGCCCUGUGUGCCCAGGCAGGAAGUACCAAGCGCUGGGUUGAAGAUCUGCAAGAGCAGGCCGACUCCAAAGGGAAAGGCCCUCGGGGGAGUCAGGCUCAGCUGGAGGACAGGCUGAGCACAGCACAGGUCAUUUUAAGCUCCAAGUCGGACGGUGAGGCCCAAGUGACGGAGCUGAAGAGACGAGCUCAGGGUCUCUGUGAACAAACAGACCUGGAGGGGGGGAAGAAGCUGGAGGUUCAGCAGAAGGUCUCAGACAUCGAGGAGCAGUGGAGGACGCUGCUUCGUUCUGCUGAAGAAACUCAGAGAGAGCUGAAGGUGGUCGUGAAGCAGCUGGCGUCCUGUCGGUCCAAGCGAGGUCAGGCCGAGGCCCAACUGGCCGAGCUCCAGAAGCAGACGUCCGACCUGCCGCUCGUCUUCCCCUGGCCGGGCCUGGGCGAGCGGCGGCAGGCGGUGGAACAGGCGCAGGCCCUGCUGGACCGGAGCACGGCCCUGGCCCCCGUCCUCUCAGACGUUUGUACACGGGCUGCGAAGCUGUUUGAGGUCACACAGGACCGAGACUGGGCCGAUCCGUCCUGGGCCGCAAAGGAGGAGUCGAUCCCUGCUCUGCUGAAAGAGCUGAUGGCUGCAGAAGCUAACCUGGAGCAGGGCAUCCUGACGGAGAGGCAGUGCACUCAGCUGGUGGAGCAGCAUGAAGCAGCUCAGGACUGGCUGAGGGAGCAUGUGAAAGGCCUGGGAGCUCCUCCAGAGGACAGACAGGGUCUGCAUGGUGCUGUCAACACCCUGAAGGCUUUGCUCCAGACAGUGGACCGGGAGCAGAGAGAGAUGAAGGAGCUGGACUCUGUCAGAGACAAGCUGCUGAGCCUCUGCUCCCCCGGAGGUCGGGAUUCACUAACACUGGAGGUCAGACAGCUCCACGACCUCUGCGACUCCUCGGAGCAGGAGGUGAGGGAGCGUCUGACGGCCUGCGAGCUCCGGCUGGAGGAGAUGGAGCGGCAGUCGGCCAAGAGGAGCCAGGAGCUGAAGGAGCGAGCUGCCGCUCUGCAGUGGGAGCUCCGCUCUCUGGACCAGGCGCUCAGCUACAGUGAACCACAGCACAACAUCACUCAGCUGCAGCAGCACUGGCACAGCCUUCAGAACUGUGAGAAGUCGCUGGAGGGUUUGGGGGUUAAAGUUCACGACCUCCACCAGGAAGUGAAGUCAACACCUUCCACUAAUGAGCUGCCGGCAGAAACAAUCAGUGUGGUUGAAUCCUUAUGCCAACAACAGGACAGUCUGAAGUCGCGGCUGAGUGAGCAUCAGGACGCCUGCUCCACCAACACAGCGCGCAGUCUGACGGACUGGGUUCAAGCCCUGCACCAGUGGAAUCACAGCAAACCAUCGGAUUCCAUUUCUACUGUGCAGGUGACAUUAGAGGAGGGUGAAAAGUUGCAGGUCGGCCUGCGGGAGGCGCUUUCUCACCAGCAGUUUCUAAAAGAGUGUUUGACGCCAGUUGUUUUUGAGAAACUGGAGAAAGACGGUUCAGAGACACUCAGAGAAGCAGAUGCACGUCGAGGUUCUCUAACCCAGAGCUUAAAGGAACUUGAAUACAAGAAGAAACAAAAGCUGGAUGACGUUCAGUCCAUUGAUGUCCUGUCCGUUGACCUAGAUGAGACAAAGACGUUAUUGAUGGCACCGCCACGAAAGAGUAAGCGCUCACCUGAGAAGAAAUCUUCAAAAACUCGUCCAUCAACAGAAAAGACGUCAUCUUUUGAGGAAGAUUUGACUCUUCAAGUCCUGGAGGACAGCACAACACAAAUCACCCAACAGUUGAAAAGCACAAGGCUUCAUGUCACAGUGGAGCCUGAUGAAGCUGAGCAAGUUAAAGCUGCUGUUGAGGAACAGAGACUCAUCCAGAAGGUCAAUGGAAAGUCUGUGUCUGCUGUUAGAGAGGAAACGACACCUGUUCCAUCCAGAAGAAAGACCAAAGCUGUGACCGCUGAUACAGAGCCUGUCCAAUGUAAGGUGGAGAAGGUAGCAACUGUUAUUCCUGAUGUAUCAAAACCAUCAAUUCCUGCCCCUGUGUCUAAGGACGUUGCAGGUGAACUUACACAGAAAGUGGAUGAGACCCUGGAAAUCUCCCUUUCAAAGUCACUCACAGAACAAGCUAGGACCACGGCCAAGCUUGGAGAUACCAGUGAAGAUGCAAUACGUCCAGAAGUGUCUUUAGAGAUUACUGAUGCAAAACCUACACCGAUCCAGGAUGACUCUGAGCCUAUCACUAAAACUGUACCAAAGAUUUCACAGGUGAUCACAGAGCCGACUGAAACUUCUGAUCUGGACGAAAGUAAGCUCUUGCCAAAGAGAAGAAAGUCAAAGAGUCAAAGACCCACUGACGAGCCUGAGAGCCAGACAUCUUUGACAUACAAGGAGCAAACUGAAGCUACUCCUAUGGACACAACUAUUAUUACACCCAGUGGAAAGUCGAAGGUUCUAGGUCUUUCAAUUGGUCCAGAGCCAGUGUCGGCAGCUGAAAGUUCUACAUGUGUGGUUAAAGAGCCUGAAAAGCCACUUGUUAUUGCUGCUUCAGAACAAAUUGAGGUUUUACCACCCAAGCGAAAGUCAAAGAGUCCAAACCUUCCUCAGAAACACACCGACCAGCAGAGGAAAGGGGAAUCUGAUCGUGUUGAACCUGAAGAUGGAAAGAAAGAGCCCGACAGCCUGAAGUCUUCUUCAACUUCACAGGAGGUCUCAAUAACAACUGAAACCAUUUUCAAAAUUUCUCCAACCAAAAGAAGAUCGAAGGGUCCAACGCUCUUCCCAGAACAAGUUACCAAGGAGGGGGCCGAUACAAAACAAGAGCCUGACAGUCAGAAACCUUCCAGGCAGCCAACUAAAGAGGUUUUGGAAGAAACUAAAGUUAUACCGAUCAGGAGGAAGUCAAAGACCGUGGAGGUUUUCACAGAAACUGAGAAAGCAUCUCCCCAUGAUAGAGUUUCACUUAUGGAACCUAAGGAAACAACACAAGAACCUGAAAAGGAUCCCACAGAUAUUGUUGCUGAAACUGCUGUUGUGGAGAAAAGCAAGCUUCUACCACCCAGGAGAAAGCCAAAGAGUUCAGAGCUUCCUCUCAAACUUGCUGAGACUGAGGUACCUCAUACAGUGGAAGAUCCAGAGGGUCAGAAGGCGGGUGUGGCCACAAACAAGGUCUCCCCAACCACAAGAAAGGCAAAGGGUCCAAAGGUUUCUCCAGAUCUUCCUCACAAGGUAGAAACACAUGCCAUGGAAAAGCCUGAGAGUCCGAUUACUGAAGCUGCUAUUGUGGAGGAAACAAAGGUUACACCUAGCAGGAGAAAAUCCAAGGAGCAUCCUGACAGUCAGAAGCCAGAGCUGGUUGCAGGACCAGCUGAAAUGGUUGUAGAAAAGGGAAAGCUGUCUCCAACCAAAAGAAAGUCAAAGGGUGUGAAACAUCUCACAGAGGUGGUCACCCAGGAUGUGGCACAGAUAAAGAAAGAGACAGAUGUACAGAAGUCUCAAACUGAGACUGAGUCUACUAACUCUAGGGAAGAACUCCAAAGUGAAAAGGCUACUUCAACUGCACAGGUAGUCGUGGGAGUACCUGGAAGUACCAUUGUGGAAGAAGUUAAGCUCCUGCCACCCAUGAGAAAGUCAAAGGAUCCAAAGGUUUCUCCAGAACUUCCUCACAAAGAGGAAAACCAGGCCAUGGAAAAGCCUGAGAGUCAGGAGACGUUUUCUAUCACAUUUAGAAGUGCUCACAAUGAACCUGAGCAAACUAAGGAAGACUCUGAGGGCCCAGUGGUUGCUAUGGUUCCAGAGGCUUUACCUUCCUCACAACAAGGACCAAAGACCAAAAGUCAGAAAUCUGAGCUCAGUGACAUCAGGUCUGUAGUCAACAAGGAUGUGAAAUCAGAGAUAACUGUUCAGGUUCAGAGCACUCAUGUUCUUCCGGAGUACCCAGAACAAAAGUUGGCCACAAUCAUUCUCGGCACAUCUGAGGUUUUGGUGAUUGCCGAUACUCACCCAGUUAAAGUGGAUACUCCAUCUCAUGAAGAACCCCUGGAGUCUAUUUCAAGUACCUUGCCUAAACUUGCAGUCUCUGAGUCACAGGAACCUAAAGACAAGUCUGAAAAAGCCCCAGAACAAACCAUUCCUAAGUCUACCGACCAGAGUACAACGCCUGAAACACAACCUCAUCCUUCCUCCCAGCCUACAGAUGCACCAUAUGGAACAGAUUAUGUUGACAAACUAUGGAGAAAUACAGCAGAGAUCCAAAAGAGAUAUUUGGUUCUCGAUAUGCCUGACAUAGGUAUUCAUCAGACAUGUGACUCAGAUUCUGGAAGCGACUCUUCUCAGCCUACUUCUGUUGUUUGUGCAGUGGCGCAGCCUCAAGAUAGAGAGGUGGAUGUGGCAGAAAUAAGCCGGUCUGAGCAAGAAAUAAUGAAACUAAGUGAAUCUUUGAGUCAGCUUAAGCUCACACAAGAAAGACCCAAAGAGGACAAGGAACACGGUUCCCCAGGGACCCUGUUUGAAACAUCUGCUAAGAUUGAUCGAAUCCACAAUGUGGCCGAGGUGAAUGUUUUGCAAAUGACUACACAGCCUGAUAUACACAAAAAAGAAAUCAUAAAAGUCUCAAAAGAAAAAGAGGAUGAGGUUGACUUUAUAAAAGAAUCAGUUAUCCUGUGUGAAGCAGUGCCAGAGAGCAAGGAUGUGACUUCCACUAAUGCACAGCUGGAGAAGACUGCAGUUAAGAAGACCGUGAUGAAAAUACAAGAGAGCAGCAGUGGAUUUCCAGACACCAUGGCUCUACCCACCUGUCCUGCUUCUGAAGUAUUGACACCAGAUCAGGAAGGGACCACAGGUCAAGAACUCAAAGUGUUAAAGGAACAUGGUGUCCAAGAGCAGCCUCCAACAGUGUGGACAUAUUUCAUGGACCAACCAGCCAAGACCUUGGAGGAAAAGACUCUCAAGGUGGACAAAAUCCACUUGAUGUCUGAAGUCUGCAUUUUGCAACUAGAUAUAGAGACAGCUACAGAGGAGCAUGGAAAUCAAGAGCCAAGAAUAGAGAUUCAAACAAGUAUCCUAAGUGAAGAAGUGCCAGAAAACACAGAUAAGACCUUUGCUGAUGUUGAGCCAGAGAAAGCUGCAGAUGUGAUGACUGAGACCAAGCUGCAAGGAAUCAGAACUGAAUGCAAAGACAAUGUGACACAAAGGGACUCAGCUCCACCUACCUAUGUCCUUUCUGAAUUAUUACAACCAUAUGAGACAGAGACAGAAUUUAUUGAAAUUAACUUAUAUGAGCAAGAUAAAGUAAAACCAAGUCAAAGGAAAAUUAAGAUAGAAGUCUUGAAAACCACACAGGAUAGAACAACAGAGGUCAGGGAGCAAGGGGUCAAAGAAGAGCAUCCUGAAUCGUCCGUUCAUGGUAUGGACGAUGUGACCGGGAGCCUGGAUGAAAAGUCUGUUAAGAUUGAGAAAAUUCCCAUGGAGCCUCAGGUACGUGUUUUGCAACUUGAUAUUGCGACCGGUCUUGAGGAGCAUGAAAAUGCAUUUGUCGUGAAAGCUGAGGACCAAAAGACAGAUAUAGUCCAAACCCAGAGUGAAAAAGAGCACAUGCAUGUUGCACGCUUGCACGAACUGUGUGAUAGAGAAGAGGAAAUACACAAAGAGCCUCAAGUGUGUGUUUUAGAACCUGAUACACAGGGACUUUUAAAGGAGCAUGAAAUCGAAUGUGUUGUGAUAAGAACAGUGACAGGGAUUGAUGAAGAUCAAGCAAGUAUCUUGUGUGAAAAAGAGCUUGAAAACAAAGACCUGACCUCCGCUGCUGCUCGGCAGAGAGAGACGGCUGUUGACGUGCCAAUGGUAGAAAUGACGGAGGUAAACAAAGAGCCUGACAGUCGGAAAACGAAGGGACGUUUUGCAGGAAAAACAAAGGGUACAUCCAGAAGAAGGAAGUCAAAGGAAGGUCCUGAGAGUCCGAAGCCAUCUUCGGCUCCGGAGGUGGUCAAAGGACCAACUGAAAUUAAUGUUGUGGAAGAGGGAAAGGUAUCACAAACCAAAAGAGGGUCAAAGGGUCCCAAACGUCUCUCAGAGGUUGUUGCAAAGGAUUUGGCUGAGAUUGUAAAAGAGCCAGACCUACAGAAAUCUUUAGAGCAAACUAAAACCAGUAGCGUGUCAAAGAGUUCUGAUGAUACCACAGCUUUAGAACCAAGUUAUGACGGUCGUGGGUCUACCGAGGUGAAGCCUCAGGAGUCCAAGAAAGAACUUCAAAGUGAGAUAGCAACUUCAACUGCGCAGGUAGUCAUAGUAGCACCUAAAACUACAGUUGUGGAAGAAGUUGAGCUCUCACAAACCACAACAAAGUCAGAAAGUCGAAAAGUUUCACUAAAACUUUCUCCAAAGGUGGAAACACAGACCAUGAAAAAGGCUGAUAAUAGUCAGAUAACUGAAGCUACUAUUGUUGAAGAAACAAAAGUUAUACCCAAAAGGAGAAAGUCAAGAGAGGACCCUGUCAGUCAGAAGCCUUCAACUAGAGAUCUGGUCACAGCACCAACUGAAAUUACUGUUUUGGAAAAGGCAAAGAUUUCACCAACCAAAAGAGGGUCAAAGAGUCCAAAACCUCCUCCAGAAGUUUCCCUCAAGGAAGUGGCAAAGAUCACAGAAGAGCCAGACAUACAGACAUUUUUAGGGCAAAUUGAGACUCCUCAUUUACAGGAAAAAAUUCUCUCAGUAAUUAAAGUUGUAUCAAAGAGUUGUGAUGAUCCCAAAGCAGUAAAUCCAGUGUGUGUCAUUGUUGGGACUACUGAUGUAGAACCUCAGGAGGCUGGGAAAGAAUUUGAAAUUGAAAAGGCUACUUCAACUGAAGAGAUAGUCAUGGGAGCACCUGAAACAAGUCCAAAGAUUUCUGAAGAACUUUGUCCCAAGGAGGAAACACAGACCAAGGAAAAUUCUGACAGUCAGAUAACUGAAGCUUCUAUUGUUGAAGAAACAAAAGUUGUACCCAAAAGGAGAAAGUCAAGAGAAGAUCCGGUCAGUCAGAAGCCUUCAACUAGAGAUGUGGUGACAGCACCAACUGAAAUUACUGUUUUGGAAAAGACGUCACCAACCAAAAGAGGGUCAAAGAGUCCAAAACCUCCUCCAGAAGUUUCCACCAAGGAAGUGGCAAAGAUCACGGAAGAGCCAGACAUACAGAAGUCUUUAGGGCAAACUGAGACUCCUCAUUUACAGGAAACAAUUCUCACAGUAAUUAAAGUUGUAUCAACGAGUUGUGAUUAUCCCACAGCAGUAAAACCAGUGUCUGUCAUUGUUGGGACUACUGAUGUGGAAACUUGUGAAUCUGGUAAAGAACUUGAAAUUGAAAAGGCUUCUUCAACUGCAGAGAUAGUCAUUGGAGCACCUGAUACAACAAGUCCAAAGGUUUCACAAGAACUUCCUCCUAAGGACGAAACACAGACCAAGGAAAAGCCUGACAGUCAGAUAACUAAAGCUACUACUGUGGAAGAAACAAAGGUUAUACCAAAAAGGAGAAAGUCAAGAGAAGACCCUGUCAGUCAGAAGCCUUCAACUACAAGUGUGGUCACAAGCAAGUCAAAGAGUCCAAAGGUUUCACAAGAACUUUCUCCUAAGGACGAAACACAGACCGAAGAAAAGCCUGACAGUCAGAUAACUGAUGCUUCUAUUGCUGCGGAAACCAAAGACCCUGACAGUAAGAAGCCAUAUUCAACUACAGAUGUGGUCAUAGAACCAACUGAUAUUACUGUAGUGGAAAAGGGAAAGAUGUCACCAACCAAAAGUAAGCCAAACGUUCCAAAACUUCUCCCAGACGUUGCCACCAAGGAUGUGGCAGAGAUCACAAAAGAGCCAGAAAUACAGAUAGGUUUAGAACAUACCAAGACUGUUCUUUUAAAGCAAACAAAGGUCAUAGAAACCCUGACCACGUCAAAGAGGUCUGAUGAUACUACAGCGGUAAAAACAGGAUGUUUCAUUGUUGGGACAACUGAUGUGGAGCCUGAGCCAGAGAAAGCUGCAGCUGAGAUGACUGAGACUCCUCAUUUGCAGGAAACAAUUCUCACAGCAAACGAAGUUGUAUCAAAGAGUUGUGAUGAUCCCACAGCAGUUAAACCAGUGUCUUUCAUUGUUGGGACUACUGAUGUAGAACCUCAGGAGGCUGGGAAAGAAUUGACAAAGAUCACGGAAGAGCCAGACAUACAGAAGUCUUUAGGGCAAACUGAGACACCUCAUUUACAGGAAACAAUUUUCACAGCAACUAAAGAUUUGCCAAAGACUUAUGCAGAGAUAGUCAUGGGAUCAAUUGAAACAACAAGUAAAAAGAUUUCUCAAGAGCUUUCUCCCAAGGAUGUGACGACCACAGAUGUUCAUCCUGAACAGUCUUUAGUUAAGACGAUCAGGUUUGAAGUAGAGGUGAGCUCUACUGAAUCUCCAGAGUGUACUAAAUUACCAGAGGUUAAACAGGUUAUGCCAAAAAUCCUCAAAACCACAAGUCGCAAAGAGGUCAAACAUUUUGGUCCUGAAGAAAAGAAGGUUCAAGUGUUGAAACAAGAACUGCAAGAAACACCCAAGAGCCAGAGAACAGAAUCUGUGAGUGAACAUGAACCUAAAACGGUCACAACAGAAAAGGAAGGAAGGAUGGAAUCAAUUGUCCAGUUUGAGACAGUUAAAGAAAGCAAGGAUGUGACGACAACAGGUAAGACGAUCAGGUUUGAAGUAGAAGUGAGCUCUUCUGAAUCUCCAGAGGGUGAAACAUUAACAGAAGUUAAAGAUGAGAUACCAGAAAUCCUCAAAACCACAGGGGAAAGUGUCAAAGGCGUCAAACAUCCUGGUGCUGAAGAAAAUGCUCAAGUUUUGAAAAAAGAAAUACAAGAAACACCAAAGAGCCAGGAAACAGAACCAGUGAACAAGGGAGGUACCAGUGUGACUGAACAUGAAGCUAAACCAGUCACAAAAGAAGAGGAACCCCGGAUUGAAUCAAUUGUCCAGUUUGAGACAGUUAAAGAAAGACAGGAUGUGACAGCAACAGUUAAAACGAUCAGGUUUGAAGUAGAAGUGAGCUCUUCUGAAUCUCCAGAGGGUGAAACAUUAACAGAAGUUAAAGAUGAGAUACCAGAAAUCCUCAAAACCACAGGGGAAAGUGUCAAAGACGUCAAACAUCCUGGUGCUGAAGAAAAUGCUCAAUUGUUGAAAAAAGAAAUACAAGAAACACCCAAGAGCCAGGAAAGAGAAUCUGUGAACAAAGGAGAAAUCAAUGUGACUGAACAUGAACAUAAAACUGUUCCAACAGAAAAGGGAUCAAUUGUCCAGUUUGAGACAGUUAAAGAAAGCAAGGAUUGGACAACAACAGGUAAGACCAUCAGGUUUGAAGUAGAAGUGAGCUCUACUGAAUCUCCAGAGUGUGAAAAAUUACCGGAAGUUAAAGAUGAGAUACCAGAAAUCCUCACAACCACAGAGGAAAGUCCCAAAGAGGUCAAAGAUCCCAGUGUUGAAGAAAGGAAGAUUCAAGAGUUGAAAAAAGAAAUGCAAGAAUCACCCAAGAGCCAGGAAACAGAAUCUGUGAACAAGGGAGAAAUCAAUGUGACACAACAUGAACCUAAACUAGUCGCAAAAGACAAGGCACCCCGGAUUGAAUCAAUUGUCCAGUUUGAUACAAUUAAAGAAAGACAGGCUGUAACGACCACAGUAAAGACGAUCAGGUUUGAAGUAGAAGUGAGCUCUACUGAAUCUCCAGAGUGUGAAACAUUACCAGAAGUUAAAGAUGAGACUUCAGCUGACAUUCACAGUGAGAAGGCUGCAGUAAAGACGAGAGUCGAUGUUAAAGAAAUCCUCACUGCAGGACAACAGGAUGCAGCUCAGAGUGACUCCACUCAACCUUCAUCUGCUGCUUCUACAGCCGUGAUGCCACUUGAGGAAAAGACGGAAUCUGUAGAAAUAAGUUUCUCCCAACAAGACAAAGUAGAACCAGGUCAAACUUGUAUUCUGGAACAUGAACCUAAAACUGUCCCAACAGAAAAGGAACCAAGUGUCCACUUUGAGACAGUUAAAGAAAGACAGGAUGUGAGGACAACAGAUAAGACGAUCCGGUUUGAAGUAGAAGUGAGCUCUACUGAAUCUCCAGAGUCUGAAAAAUUACCGGAAGUUAAAGAUGAGAUACCAGAAAUCCUCACAGCCACAGAGGAAAGUCCCAAAGAGGUAAAAGAUCCCAGUGUUGAAGAAAGGAAGAUUCAAGAGUUGAAACGAGAAAUGCAAGAAACACCCAAGACCCAACAAACAGAAUCUGUGAACAAGGGAGAAAUCAAUGUGACUGAACAUGAAACUAAACCAGUCGCAAAAGAAAAGGAACCCCGGAUUGAAUCAAUUGUCCAGUUUGAAACAGGUAAAGAAAGACAGGAUGUGACAGCAACAGUUAAAAGGAUCAGGUUUGAAGUAGAAGUGAGCUCUUCUGAAUCUCCAGAGGGUGAAACAUUAACAGAAGUUAAAGAUGAGAUAACAGAAAUCCUCAAAACCACAGGGGAAAGUGUCAAAGACGUCAAACAUCCUGGUGCUGAAGAAAAUGCUCAAGUGUUGAAAAAAGAAAUACAAGAAACACUCAAGAGCCAGGAAACAGAAUCUGUGAACAAAGGAGAAAUUAAUCUCACUGAACAUGAACAUAAAACUGUUCCAACAGAAAAGGGAUCAAUUGUCCAGUUUGAGACAGUUAAAGAAAGCAAGGAUGUGACAACAACAGGUAAGAAGAUCAGGUUUGAAGUAGAAGUGAGCUCUACUGAAUCUCAAGAGGGUGAAACAUUACCAGAAGUUAAAGAUGAGAUACCAGAAAUCCUCACAACCACAGAGGAAAGUCCCAAAGACGUAAAAGAUCCUGGUGCUGAAGAAAAGAAGGCUCAAAUGUUGAAACAAGAAAUCCAAGAAACACCCAAGAGCCAACAAACAGAAUCUGUGAAGAAGGGAGAAAUCAAUGUGACUGAACAUGAAUCUAAACCAGUCUCAAAAGAAAAGGAACCCCGGAUUGAAUCAAUUGUCCAGUUUGAGACAGUUAAAGAAAGACAGGAUGUGACAACAACAGUUAAGCCGAUCAGGUUUGAAGUAGAAGUGAGCUCUACUGAAUCUCCAGAGGGUGAAAAAUUGCCAGAAAUUAAACAGGAUAUACCAGAAAUCCCCAAAAUAACAGAGGAAAGUCCCAAAGACGUCAAAGAUCCCAGUGUUGAAGAAAAGAAGGUUCAAGUGGUGAAACAAGAAAUGCAAGAAUCCCCCAAGAGUCAGGAAACAGAAUCUGUGAAGAAGGGAGAAAUCAAUGUGCCUGAACAUGAACAUAAAACUGUUCCAACAGAAAAGGGAUCAAUUGUCCAGUUUGAGACAGUUAAAGAAAGCAAGGAUGUGACAACAACAGUUAAGACGAUCAGGUUUGAGGUAGAAGUGAGCUCUACUGAAUCUCCAGAGUGUGAACAAUUUCCGGAAGUUAAAGAUAAGAUACCAGAAAUCCUCAAAACCACAGAGGAAAGUCCCAAAGACGUAAAAGAUCCUGGUUCUGAAGAAAAGAAGGUUCAUGUGGUGAAACAAGAAAUGCAAGAAUCACCCAAGAGUCAGGAAACAGAAUCUGUGAAGAAGGGAGAAAUCAAUGUGACUGAACAUGAAGCUAAACCAGUCACAAAAGAAGAGGAACCCCGGAUUGAAUCAAUUGUCCAGUUUGAGACUGUUAAAGAAAGACAGGAUGUGACAACAACAGUUAAGACGAUCAGGUUUGAAGUAGAAGUGAGCUCUACUGAAUCUCCAGUGGGUGAAACAUUACCAGAAGUUAAAGAUGAGAUACCAGAAAUCCUCAAAACCACAGAGGAAAGUCCCAAAGACGUAAAAGAUCCUGGUGCUGAAGAAAAGAAGGCUCAAAUGUUGAAACAAGAAAUCCAAGAAACACCCAAGAGCCAACAAACAGAAUCUGUGAAGAAGGGAGAAAUCAGUGUGACUGAACAUGAAUCUAAACCAGUCUCAAAAGAAAAGGAACCCCGGAUUGAAUCAAUUGUCCAGUUUGAGACAGUUAAAGAAAGACAGGAUGUGACAACAACAGUUAAGCCGAUCAGGUUUGAAGUAGAAGUGAGCUCUACUGAAUCUCCAGAGGGUGAAAAAUUGCCAGAAAUUAAACAGGAUAUACCAGAAAUCCCCAAAAUAACAGAGGAAAGUCCCAAAGACGUCAAAGAUCCCAGUGUUGAAGAAAAGAAGGCUCAAGUGGUGAAACAAGAAAUGCAAGAAUCACCCAAGAGUCAGGAAACAGAAUCUGUGAAGAAGGGAGAAAUCAAUGUGACUGAACAUGAACAUAAAACUGUUCCAACAGAAAAGGGAUCAAUUGUCCAGUUUGAGACAGUUAAAGAAAGCAAGGAUGUGACAACAACAGUUAAGACGAUCAGGUUUGAGGUAGAAGUGAGCUCUACUGAAUCUCCAGAGUGUGAACAAUUUCCGGAAGUUAAAGAUAAGAUACCAGAAAUCCUCAAAACCACAGAGGAAAGUCCCAAAGUUGUAAAAGAUCCUGGUUCUGAAGAAAAGAAGGUUCAUGUGGUGAAACAAGAAAUGCAAGAAUCACCCAAGAGUCAGGAAACAGAAUCUGUGAAGAAGGGAGAAAUCAAUGUGACUGAACAUGAAGCUAAACCAGUCACAAAAGAAGAGGAACCCCGGAUUGAAUCAAUUGUCCAGUUUGAGACAGGUAAAGAAAGACAGGAUGUGACAGCAACAGUUAAAACGAUCAGGUUUGAAGUAGAAGUGAGCUCUUCUGAAUCUCCAGAGGGUGAAACAUUAACAGAAGUUAAAGAUGAGAUAACAGAAAUCCUCAAAACCACAGGGGAAAGUGUCAAAGACGUCAAACAUCCUGGUGCUGAAGAAAAUGCUCAAGUGUUGAAAAAAGAAAUACAAGAAACACUCAAGAGCCAGGAAACAGAAUCUGUGAACAAAGGAGAAAUUAAUCUCACUGAACAUGAACAUAAAACUGUUCCAACAGAAAAGGGAUCAAUUGUCCAGUUUGAGACAGUUAAAGAAAGCAAGGAUGUGACAACAACAGGUAAGAAGAUCAGGUUUGAAGUAGAAGUGAGCUCUACUGAAUCUCAAGAGGGUGAAACAUUACCAGAAGUUAAAGAUGAGAUACCAGAAAUCCUCACAACCACAGAGGAAAGUCCCAAAGACGUAAAAGAUCCUGGUGCUGAAGAAAAGAAGGCUCAAAUGUUGAAACAAGAAAUCCAAGAAACACCCAAGAGCCAACAAACAGAAUCUGUGAAGAAGGGAGAAAUCAAUGUGACUGAACAUGAAUCUAAACCAGUCUCAAAAGAAAAGGAACCCCGGAUUGAAUCAAUUGUCCAGUUUGAGACAGUUAAAGAAAGACAGGAUGUGACAACAACAGUUAAGACGAUCAGGUUUGAGGUAGAAGUGAGCUCUACUGAAUCUCCAGAGGGUGAAACAUUACCAGAAAUUAAACAGGAUAUACCAGAAAUCCCCAAAAUAACAGAGGAAAGUCCCAAAGACGUCAAAGAUCCCAGUGUUGAAGAAAAGAAGGUUCAAGUGGUGAAACAAGAAAUGCAAGAAUCCCCCAAGAGUCAGGAAACAGAAUCUGUGAAGAAGGGAGAAAUCAAUGUGCCUGAACAUGAACAUAAAACUGUUCCAACAGAAAAGGGAUCAAUUGUCCAGUUUGAGACAGUUAAAGAAAGCAAGGAUGUGACAACAACAGUUAAGACGAUCAGGUUUGAGGUAGAAGUGAGCUCUACUGAAUCUCCAGAGUGUGAACAAUUUCCGGAAGUUAAAGAUGAGAUACCAGAAAUCCUCAAAACCACAGAGGAAAGUCCCAAAGACGUAAAAGAUCCUGGUGCUGAAGAAAAGAAGGUUCAUGUGGUGAAACAAGAAAUGCAAGAAUCACCCAAGAGUCAGGAAACAGAAUCUGUGAAGAAGGGAGAAAUCAAUGUGACUGAACAUGAAGCUAAACCAGUCACAAAAGAAGAGGAACCCCGGAUUGAAUCAAUUGUCCAGUUUGAGACUGUUAAAGAAAGACAGGAUGUGACAACAACAGUUAAGACGAUCAGGUUUGAAGUAGAAGUGAGCUCUACCGAAUCUCCAGAGGGUGAAACAUUACCAGAAGUUAAAGAUGAGAUACCAGAAAUCCUCAAAACCACAGAGGAAAGUCCCAAAGACGUAAAAGAUCCUGGUGCUGAAGAAAAGAAGGCUCAAAUGUUGAAACAAGAAAUCCAAGAAUCACCCAAGAGCCAACAAACAGAAUCUGUGAAGAAGGGAGAAAUCAAUGUGACUGAACAUGAAUCUAAACCAGUCUCAAAAGAAAAGGAACCCCGGAUUGAAUCAAUUGUCCAGUUUGAGACAGUUAAAGAAAGACAGGAUGUGACAACAACAGUUAAGCCGAUCAGGUUUGAAGUAGAAGUGAGCUCUACUGAAUCUCCAGAGGGUGAAAAAUUGCCAGAAAUUAAACAGGAUAUACCAGAAAUCCCCAAAAUAACAGAGGAAAGUCCCAAAGACGUCAAAGAUCCCAGUGUUGAAGAAAAGAAGGUUCAAGUGGUGAAACAAGAAAUGCAAGAAUCACCCAAGAGUCAGGAAACAGAAUCUGUGAAGAAGGGAGAAAUCAAUGUGCCUGAACAUGAACAUAAAACUGUUCCAACAGAAAAGGGAUCAAUUGUCCAGUUUGAGACAGUUAAAGAAAGCAAGGAUGUGACAACAACAGUUAAGACGAUCAGGUUUGAGGUAGAAGUGAGCUCUACUGAAUCUCCAGAGUGUGAACAAUUUCCGGAAGUUAAAGAUAAGAUACCAGAAAUCCUCAAAACCACAGAGGAAAGUCCCAAAGUUGUAAAAGAUCCUGGUUCUGAAGAAAAGAAGGUUCAUGUGGUGAAACAAGAAAUGCAAGAAUCACCCAAGAGUCAUGAAACAGAAUCUGUGAAGAAGGGAGAAAUCAAUGUGACUGAACAUGAAGCUAAACCAGUCACAAAAGAAGAGGAACCCCGGAUUGAAUCAAUUGUCCAGUUUGAGACAGUUAAAGAAAGCAAGGAUGUGACAACAACAGGUAAGAAGAUCAGGUUUGAAGUAGAAGUGAGCUCUACUGAAUGUCAAGAGGGUGAAACAUUACCAGAAGUUAAAGAUGAGAUACCAGAAAUCCUCACAACCACAGAGGAAAGUCCCAAAGACGUAAAAGAUCCUGGUGCUGAAGAAAAGAAGGCUCAAAUGUUGAAACAAGAAAUCCAAGAAACACCCAAGAGCCAACAAACAGAAUCUGUGAAGAAGGGAGAAAUCAAUGUGACUGAACAUGAAUCUAAACCAGUCUCAAAAGAAAAGGAACCCCGGAUUGAAUCAAUUGUCCAGUUUGAGACAGUUAAAGAAAGACAGGAUGUGACAACAACAGUUAAGCCGAUCAGGUUUGAAGUAGAAGUGAGCUCUACUGAAUCUCCAGAGGGUGAAAAAUUGCCAGAAAUUAAACAGGAUAUACCAGAAAUCCCCAAAAUAACAGAGGAAAGUCCCAAAGACGUCAAAGAUCCCAGUGUUGAAGAAAAGAAGGUUCAAGUGGUGAAACAAGAAAUGCAAGAAUCACCCAAGAGUCAGGAAACAGAAUCUGUGAAGAAGGGAGAAAUCAAUGUGCCUGAACAUGAACAUAAAACUGUUCCAACAGAAAAGGGAUCAAUUGUCCAGUUUGAGACAGGUAAAGAAAGCAAGGAUGUGACAACAAAGGUUAAGACGAUCAGGUUUGAGGUAGAAGUGAGCUCUACUGAAUCUCCAGAGUGUGAAAAAUUUCCGGAAGUUAAAGAUAAGAUACCAGAAAUCCUCAAAACCACAGAGGAAAGUCCCAAAGUUGUAAAAGAUCCUGGUUCUGAAGAAAAGAAGGUUCAUGUGGUGAAACAAGAAAUGCAAGAAUCACCCAAGAGUCAGGAAACAGAAUCUGUGAAGAAGGGAGAAAUCAAUGUGACUGAACAUGAAGCUAAACCAGUCACAAAAGAAGAGGAACCCCGGAUUGAAUCAAUUGUCCAGUUUGAGACUGUUAAAGAAAGACAGGAUGUGACAACAACAGUUAAGACGAUCAGGUUUGAAGUAGAAGUGAGCUCUACUGAAUCUCCAGAGGGUGAAACAUUACCAGAAGUUAAAGAUGAGAUACCAGAAAUCCUCAAAACCACAGAGGAAAGUCCCAAAGACGUAAAAGAUCCUGGUGCUGAAGAAAAGAAGGCUCAAAUGUUGAAACAAGAAAUCCAAGAAACACCCAAGAGCCAACAAACAGAAUCUGUGAAGAAGGGAGAAAUCAGUGUGACUGAACAUGAAUCUAAACCAGUCUCAAAAGAAAAGGAACCCCGGAUUGAAUCAAUUGUCCAGUUUGAGACAGUUAAAGAAAGACAGGAUGUGACAACAACAGUUAAGCCAAUCAGGUUUGAAGUGGAAGUGAGCUCUACUGAAUCUCCAGAGUGUGAAAAAUUGCCAGAAAUUAAACAGGAUAUACCAGAAAUCCCCAAAAUAUCAGAGGAAAGUCCCAAAGACGUCAAAGAUCCCAGUGUUGAAGAAAAGAAGGUUCAAGUGGUGAAACAAGAAAUGCAAGAAUCACCCAAGAGUCAGGAAACAGAAUCUGUGAAGAAGGGAGAAAUCAAUGUGCCUGAACAUGAACAUAAAACUGUUCCAACAGAAAAGGGAUCAAUUGUCCAGUUUGAGACAGUUAAAGAAAGCAAGGAUGUGACAACAACAGUUAAGACGAUCAGGUUUGAGGUAGAAGUGAGCUCUACUGAAUCUCCAGAGUUUGAACAAUUUCCGGAAGUUAAAGAUAAGAUACCAGAAAUCCUCAAAACCACAGAGGAAAGUCCCAAAGACGUAAAAGAUCCUGGUGCUGAAGAAAAGAAGGUUCAUGUGGUGAAACAAGAAAUGCAAGAAUCACCCAAGAGUCAGGAAACAGAAUCUGUGAAGAAGGGAGAAAUCAAUGUGACUGAACAUGAUGCUAAACCAGUCACAAAAGAAGAGGAACCCCGGAUUGAAUCAAUUGUCCAGUUUGAGACUGUUAAAGAAAGACAGGAUGUGACAACAACAGUUAAGCCAAUCAGGUUUGAAGUGGAAGUGAGCUCUACUGAAUCUCCAGAGUGUGAAAAAUUGCCAGAAAUUAAAAAGGAUAUACCAGAAAUUCCCAAAAUAACAGAGGAAAGUCCCAAAGACGUCAAAGAUCCCAGUGUUGAAGAAAAGAAGGUUCAAGUUGUGAAACAAGAAAUGCAAGAAUCACCCAAGAGUCAGGAAACAGAAUCUGUGAACAAGGGAGAAAUCAAUGUGACUGAACAUGAACAUAAACUAGUCGCAAAAGACAAGGCACCCCGGAUUGAAUCAAUUGUCCAGUUUGAUACAAUUAAAGAAAGACAGUCUGUAACGACCACAGUAAAGACGAUCAGGUUUGAAGUGGAAGUGAGCUCUACUGAAUCUCCAGAGGGUGAAACAUUACCAGAAGUUAAAGAUGAGAUACCAGACAUCCUCAAAACCACAGAGGAAAGUCCCAAAGACGUAAAAGAUCCUGGUGCUGAAGAAAAGAAGGCUCAAAUGUUGAAACAAGAAAUCCAAGAAACACCCAAGAGCCAACAAACAGAAUCUGUGAAGAAGGGAGGUACCAGUGUGACUGAACAUGAACCUAAACCAGUCGCAAAAGAAAAGGAACCCCGGAUUGAAUCAAUUGUCCAGUUUGAGACAGGUAAAGAAAGCAAGGAUGGGAUGACCAAAGAUGUUCAGCCUGACCAGACUACAGAUAAAAUGAUCCGGUUUGAAGUAGAAGUGAGCUCUACUGAAUCUCCAGAGUGUGAAAAAUUGCCAGAAGUUAAACAGGAUAUACCAGAAAUCCCCAAAAUAACAGAGGAACGUCUCAAAGAGGUCAACGAUCCUGGUGUUGAAGAAAUGAAGGUUCAAGUGUUGAAACAAGAAAUGCAAGAAUCACCCAAGAGCCAGGAAACAGAAUCUGUGAACAAAGGAGAAAUCAAUGUGACUGAACAUGAACCUAAAACUGUCUCAAAAGAAAAGGAACCCCGGAUUGAAUCAAUUGUCCAGUUUGAGACAGUUAAAGAAAGACAGGAUGUGACAACAACAGUAAAGACGAUCAGGUUUGAAGUAGAAGUGAGCUCUACUGAAUCUCCAGAGGGGGAAAAAUUACCGGAAGAUAAAGAUGAGAUACCAGAAAUCCUCAAAACCACAGAGGAAAGUCCCAAAGACGUAAAAGAUCCUGGUGCUGAAGAAAAGAAGGUUCAAGUGCUGAAACAAGAAAUGCAAGAAUCACCCAAGAGCCAGGAAACAGAACCUGUGAACAAGGGAGAAACCAAUGUGACUGAACAUGAACCUAAAACUGUCUCAAAGGAAAAGGAACCAAAUGUCCAGUCUGAGACAGUUAAAGAAAGCAAGGAUGUGAUGACAACAGUUAAGACGAUCGAGUUUGAAGUAGAAGUGAGCUCUACUGAAUUGCCAUCUGGACUCAGUUUGGAUCCUAAAGUCCAAAUAGACAAAUACACAACAGAUCCAACAAAAAAGAAAGAAGAGGAACAGAAGGAGAAGAGAUGGAUUCAGAAACAACAAAGUGAAACAAUGGUUAAAGCAGAGAUACUAAAUGUUCCACUCCCAAAAUCCACAGCUGCCACCGCUGGUGAGGUCUGGCAUCAUGGCCUUGGUUUACCGAAGGAACACCUACGCAGUGGUGAAAAGAUAUCCCCAGCUCAGAAAGUGUCACCGCACGUUAGCCUGGAGGAAGUAACCCGGCAGCGAGGAUUUGCUGCUUGGGAAAACAAAGAAGAAGAACGUGUUGUGAAGAAACUAGGUGUGGAGUCGGCAGAAAGCUCCGGCAUCAGGAGAAUCUUCCCAGAAGUUCAGCUACUCGCAGGAACAGGACCCAGCAGUGAAAUCACUGAGGUUAAAUCCCACGAUGACACUCCAGAGACUCUGAUUACGUCCACCACUGACAUGGACGAGCAUGUGAACAGACUGGUGUCUCAAAUCUUGAGCUGCAAGAAUCGCCCGGCUGAGCUCAGCCCAGCAGCCAUGGCCCGGCAGGUGGAGGAGGCGCAGCAGUGCAGAGACUUCGCCCAGGCCCAGGGGUCGUCCCUGUUCCAGCUGAGAGGAGCUGAAUUUGAGGACAGAGACUCACUGGAGCACCUGGAGGAUCAGUGGAUCGCUGCAGCUCAGGAUGCAGCGGCCAUCAUCCAGAGCAAAGAGGCCCAGCUGGAGCUUGUGAUGGAUUACGGCCGACAGAUGCAAACAGCCCAGACCACACUGGAGAGACUGGCCGCAGAACUGGACGCUGUGGAAACGUCCAAGCAACAGAGCAGCUCCAAGGAGGCGGAGCAUCUAUGCUCGUUCCAGAGAAGUAUGGAGGACAACAGAACAGUGCUCGGAGAGUUGCUUGUGACCUUCACCAAGUUGUGCCCCCACCUGAGCCACUCUGAGCGAUCGAUCGCCCAGACGGAGCAGAGGAACCUCCACGAGAGGUGGAGAGGCCUGGAGAGAGCUGUGGAGAGGAGCCUCCAUCACACGAAGGUCUACUCUCACGAGACCAGCAGCCUCAAGUCAGAGAUAUCAAACCUCCGGGAACAUUUGGAAACCAUUGACAAAGACCUCGAGGCCAAGUCUCCUGCGGCCACUCAGUGGACUUGCAAGAAGGCUCAGCAGCUGAUGGAAGCCAAUGCUGAGGUUAAAGCCGCCAAGCAGAAGUUCCUCUAUUUGCUGAAGCUUUCAGAGGCACUAAUGCUCAGCUCACGUUGGGAGAAGGAAACAAAGGAAAUCCAACAGGGGCUCCAGAUGAUCCAAGACAAACUCAGCCACACAGAAGAACUAGUGUCCAGUCAAACCCAGAGCAGCAGCAACCCCAUCAUGGAGAAAAUCAUCACAGUGAUGAGGGACGGCCUGUCCUGGGCGAAGCAGACAGAGAGUGAUAUCGAGGGAAGGAGGAAGAUGGUGGCUCUCCUUCCAGAAGAGGUUCACCGGCAGCUCAGAGAUCUGAAGAAGCUGCAGUCGGAGGUGAUGAGCAAACAAGGCCAACUGGAGUCACUGGUGGAGGAGGUGACAGAGCUCCUUCCACAGCUGGACCAGGUAGAGGAGGUGCCCGUUGUUCGCACUUCUCUUCAAACACUUCAAAAACUCUCACACUCCACCACUGAUAAGUUGGCCAACGCUGUGAGGGAGAUAGAGUCGGGACUGCAGACCAGAGAAAAGAUGUCCGAGCAGAUUGUUGACCUAGAUUCCUGGGUUGUGGCUCAGCUGCACAGGGAGGCCUCCAGGAGUGAAGACAGUGAGUUGAGGAGCCCAACUGAGCUGGAUCGCAGAGUGCGUCAACUGCAGGAGACACUGGCUGAGGCUGACAAGCAGUCCGCCGUCUGUGAGGCGCUGUUGAUGAAGAGUAAAGACAUUUCCUCAGAACUCAGCAUCUCAGAGAAAUGUCAGCUCUUUGAAAAGCUAACCAACCUCCAGGACGACAUCAGAGCCAUUAGUAGCUAUGAAAAGCUCAACAAGAAGGAGCUGGAUGAGGUCGUCCUAACUCGAGAGUCCAACAAGAAGAAUCUGCUCACCGUCGAACAAAGCCUGAGGCAGAUGGCAGGGGAUCUCAGCAGACACAGGUUUCCCAUCACAAGUGAGUCCCUGCAACCUUUACAACCUUUAAAACACAUGAUUCUGGAACAUAAAUCCCAGGUGGACCUCCUGCAGCCCUGGAUUCCCCAGGAAAAGACAAAAGAACUCCACUCUGUCAUUUCUGAAAUUCACAACAAGUUGAUUAACCUGGAGACCAAAGCUAGGGAUCAUGAGAAGUACCUGAGCAUGAGGCAGCGAGUGGAGGACCUCAGGGAGGAGGUUCCGGAGCAGGUCCGACAGACUAAAGACGACAGCAAACAGCUGGAGGACAAGUACAGAAUCUGUCAGAACCUCAUUGUCCAGAUUCCUCUGAUAAAGUGGUUGUGUGAGGAGGCUCGCUCCGACCUCCAGAUGAUCUCCGCUGACCUCUACCCCUCUCAGCUGGCCGCAGAGCAGCAGAGGCUCAAACAGAGCGACGAGAGCCUGGACAUGCUGCAGAUAACGCUCUACAACAACCUCAGCAUCAUCGAGUGGAACCUGCUGAAGGAACUGGACCUGGAAGCGGUGAAGAAAGACACAGAGGCUUUUCUCUCAAAGAACCAGCAGGAGCUUGGGAAAGUCACCGUGCUGGAGCCAAAUGAAACAGCGAUCGACAGAGAGUACCAGAGAACCUUGUCUAUGAAAAAGACUGUCGAGUCCAGAAUAAGAGCGCUGGACGUUCUCCAGCAGAAGAUGGGAAAAAGAAGAGGAAGCAAGUCCCAAGAUUUAUCGCUCUUGAAGAAAUCCGUCCUGAGUGAAUAUGACUCAAAAAUGGAAAACCUCCUCCAGGCCCGGGAGUCUUGGAGGAGCUACACCCGUGCUGUGAAACGAGCGGUGCAGUUCCUGAGGGACAUCGAGCUGUGUCUGCUGCCCCCGUGUGGCUCCACCGGGCCCUGCAGCGAGAGGCUGGAGGAGACCCAGAAGGCUCUGGUGUCUCUGCAGCAGCAGUUCCAGACCCACGUGGAGCAGCUCCAGAGCCAGUUUGCUCUGCACCCUUACCUGUCGCCCCAGAAGACCGAGCAGCUCCAGGAGAACAUCCUGAGCCAGCUCCUGGUGAGGAUGUCCACGCUCCAGGCGAAGGGCCACGUCCAACUGGAGAGUCUCAGCAGGUGUGCGGAGCAUCACAGAUCUUUCAACAAGUCCCAGGAUGAGAUCUUCCAGAGAGUGAAGGUUGCAGAAAGCAGCUUGUUGCAGUUUAUCUCUCAGAAACCGACCUGUCUCUCCGACUGCACGGACCAGGAGGCGAAGCUCCGAGCUCUGUCGGAGGAGGUGGCGUCCCUGCUGAGGCGUCUGGAGGAGCUGAACGAGUGGUGCCCAGAGCAGAGCUGUCAUGGAGGCCAGGAGGCCACGGUCACCGCCCUCUGGAGAACGGUGUCCAGACUGCGCCGCUGCACCCGGGAGCUCGCACCUCGCAGCAGAAAGAAGAUCGCAGAGUGGAGCGAUGUCACCAGCAGUGUGGAGAAGGCCUCUGCCGUCCUGGAGCUGGUGGAGGCGGAGCUUCCUGAAGGCUCACAGGCGAAGGCGUCCACUGAAGAGCUCCACGACGUGCUGCAGUCCUGGGAACAGUACCAGGACCGACUGGACUGCGAGCAUCGAUCCCUGUCGGCGCUGGAGCUGCGCGCCGCAAGGAUGCUGGGUGUCCCCGCCCACCUGGAACAGGCCCCUCCCACUCCGCUGUGUCAGCAGCUGCAGGCGAUGCAGGCCCGAUACAGCAGUGUGAAGCAGAGGAGCAAGGAGGGUUUGGAGGCUUCCAGGCUGGAGCUGCAGGAGAGGGAAAAGGUGUGGAAGGACCUGCAGGGCGUCCGGGUCUGGCUGGAGGCCGCCGACGGUGUUCUGUCGGAGAUGGAGAAGAGCAGCAGCACACAGGAGCUACAGGAGGUCCACGGCCAGCUGUAUACCCAGAAGGCUUUGCUGCUGCGCAUCAUGGAAAGCAUAAAAACGAAGUACUCCGACAUGGACACACUGGUCCCAGUGGAGAUCGAGGGCAAACUGCAGGAGGUCAAUCAGUCCCUGCAGCAAGUGGAAGUGAAGGUUGGAGAAGCUGUGGAGCGGAGCGGACCCGUCCACAGGCUCGGAGCAAAGCUGUCAGAGAUCGAGGCUGGUCUGAGGUCAGUCCAGAAGAGACUGGAGCAGAGAAGUCCGACUGUGAUCGAAGCCAAGGUCACUCAGAAGCGAGUGUGGGAUGAGCUGGACGUGUGGCACUCGUGUCUGGCAGCGCUGGAGGUGGACAUGCAGGACCUGGACAAACCAGAGGAGGCUCUGUCCCUCACCGAGAGGAUGGUGGAGGUCCAGCAGCGUCACUCACAACUGGCCAAGCAGGCCGAGCAGAGGACCACCCUGCUCAGCAAGACUCCCACGUGGCUGCAGGAGCAUCGGGAGAUGAUCAGCAGCUCUGAGAGCUGGAUGUCUGAAGCUCAGUCGUGGCUCGCGGCGCCCUGCACCUACACCAGCGCUAAGUGUCUGAGCAGCCACGUCCACUCUCUGCAGAUGGUGUUGGGUGACUCGGCACAGAUCCGCACGGCCCUGCAGGGCUUCAGCUCCGUGCUGAAGGAAAUGUCUCAGAUUCGCGAUGUCACGAUUCUCCAGCAGCAGCUGGUGGAGGCCGAUCGACAAGUGGCCGACGUUCAAGACAGCUUCACUGCUCCUCUGUCUCAGCUGGAGCACGCUGCUGCUGAGGUGGAGGCCAUUGAGAGCGAGGUCAAGCGGAUGGAGAACGAUGUGGCCGAGAUCAAGACGUUGUUAUCGUCUCCGGAGACUUUCCCCAGCCCCCGAGAGGAGAGUCUGAAGGAGGUUGAGAAGAAGAUCCAGUCCAUGAGCACGACAGUGGCUGAGAUCCAGAGGUGUAAACCAGACCUUUGUCUCCCAGAGAAGUCCGAAGAGACUCUGACCGUCUUCACUGCUGUGGACCAGCUCCAGAACCUGCUGCUGGAACUGGAGAAGAAGGUCCCUGCUCUGUUCAUCCAGCAGCCUCCGACUCCGGUCCAAACCAAAGCUCCGUCGGCCGAGCCGACCACAACUCGGCCUCAGCUCCUGAAAUCCACUUCGGAGGAGUCGGAGAAGGAGGACGUGGAGGAGGGACACAUCAAAAUCGUCCACGUGGAAGACAAUGUGCUGACGAGACAUGGAGCGACGCUGCAGACGGUGGAGCCGUCCCCCCCCGAGCAGAGGCUCAGUCCUCAGCAGCCCGAGCAUCAUGGCGUCAUCAUGCUCCCGGCUGAGGAAGAGCAGAAAGACAGUGAGCAGCAGAGAGAGCAAGAAGGUGGAGGAGGUUAUUUCUGGUGGCUCUGGGAGUUUUUCCUGGGCGUGUCUCCAGAGGAGCCUGAGGUCGUGGAGUCGGAGGAAACCGAAGCUGCCUCCGAACAAAGCACCGAAGAGAUCGGAGAGGACACACAGGAUGUUCAGGAAACCUCUGAGCCAACAGAAGCAAGUUCAUCUGAAGCUUUAUCUAGACCUGUGGGCACAGUCUCCACUCAGUCCCUGCCUGAGAGCAUGGUAAACACGCCCUCCACCGUUAACGUUUCCAAAGCCGCCGCCGGGCCCCAACAGAGAUGUGUCGUCUCCUAGAUCUAGAAAUCUAGAGCUAGAACCUUUCACUUCUUCUCCCUCGAAGCCAAGAACUACUUCUAGAUUUGAAUGUAAAAUCAAACCGAUUCCACAGGUCUAUGCUUCAAAAAUAGUCUUGAAACGUGUCAGUUCUGUUCUGAAAACAAUCCUGGAGCUCCCAGCCUCUUCUAGAACCCACCUUAGAACUCACACUGUGCUCUAGAAUCAGUGGCCAACCAUUCCUUCUAGAGCCAAGUCUACAACACCAGUGUUUUCUACAACCUUGAUUAUACAUCUUCUUCUAUUUCCGCCCCUAGAAUGUUCUAGAACGGAGCUCCUGCUAUUUCUAGUCCCAUCCUCUAGUACUAUGUUACUAAUUCCAAAUUCUACUGGCAGAUUGUGCGCUCGGUUUUUCGUUUGACUUCUAAAAAUCCCACUAAUACACACAAGUCCUGAGCUUGAUAUUUCUUCAGCCAUUGACUUUUUCUAGAACUAUUUAUUUUCCUUGCAAUCAAACAUGAGAACUCUUCACUUUCUCAAGAAUCAAAUCAACAACACCUAUUUCUUCUAGAACAUAUUCUUGGUCUCCUAUUUCCUUCUAGUUCUAACCUUAGAACUCUUCUAGUAAUAAAUUAUGAUUUCAAGACUUCAAGGCUUUUCUAGAACGAGGCCUGGAACUCACUUUAGAUUUUUUUCAGAAAUCUGUCAUUUCUUUCCUUAAAACGUCUAAUCUCUUGAAAAUUAGCUUAGAGCAUUCAUUCUUUUUAAUUCGAGCCUAGAACACCUGAUGUGUUUAAGCACCAAAUCUAGAACUUGGAGUUUUUCUAGAAACGUCUCACUUUAAACACUUCAGUGCAUUUACAUGGCAGAGGAUUCCAGAUGUGAACCAUCACAGUUUAGAUCUGUGCUUGUUGGAUCAUUUAUCAGUGUUGCAAUUAAAAAUGUAAAAAAUUGAAUUAGUGCCAAAGUUUUGCGUGUUUACAUGAAAGAUUACUGAGCUCACGUCCUCCAGAGCGAUUCUGCCGAUUCGGUAUCAGGCGGACGCCACAGAGACGGUUUCAAGAUGACUCAGCACAUUAUUGACCACUAAGAGAGAAGUGGUCCUCACGGUGAUGGUUUCUCUUUUACCAGUAGAGGACUGGUGAUAUUUAGCAUGAGGGAGAAGCUUAAUGAAUUUACCUUGAUUCUCGUGGGUUAGUGUUUUUAUAAAAGGCAGAAACAAAGUGUACGAUGUUUUUUAACGUGUUUCAUUUAUUCGGGACUGGUGAUUUCAAAUAGUUCAACCUCUUGAUUUGUUGAUUUGUUUCUUCUGCUUUCUGAGCUCAUCUGCAAACGCAGAAAUAAACUCCUGUUUGCUUGCUCAUAUGCAUCUGCCACUUGUAUUUCCAUGAGCUGAACGUGAUGAUAAAUGGAUGUUUACAGAGUUGAUUGAUUAAUUAGAGCAGUCCUCACUUGGUGAAAUGCUCCGUCACUGCCGGGCAGCAGGAAGAAGAGAAUCCCACUUUGUUAUGGAUCAGCUUUUAUACUUAAGGAAACAGAUUGUUGGCCAUGAAAAUGCACUGGUUUGACCUGAUGACUCAUUAACACUCUGCUGCUGCCAGGUGAAAACCUCCUCGUCUCGUUUGACUCAAUUAGAGGCUUUGAAAACUUCUCUCAUGUAAGAUUAAUUAAGACUCUUUUAUGAUUCAAACAAUGCAUCAAUAUUAAAUCUAAGAAAAGCAACAAGGCCUAAGAUGCUGCCAUGUUUUCAGAGAUGUGAGGUUUUCACCUGGAAGCAGCGACACUGAGAUGUCUUACAUUUGACGGCAUGUGCUGUACUUGUACAUUGUUCCACUUUUGUCUUUCUAUUCUGUCCACGUAUCCAAACAAGAGCACGAAUCCAAAUAAACCCACAACAGUGAUUUA